CUGCAAAAGCAACCGACCGCCGUGCCCAAGCAAGUGUGGCAUGCUGCUCAAAGGCCCCUGCAGCAGAAGCAACCGACCGCCGUGCCCCAGCAAGUGUGGAAUCCUGCUCUAAUGCCCCUGCAGCAGAAGCAACCAACCACCGUGCCCCAGCAAGUGUGGCAACCUUCUCAAAUGCCCCUGCAGCAGAAUCAACCGACCGCCGUGCCCCAGCAAGUGUGGCAUCCUGCUCAAAUGCCCCUGCAGCAGAAGCAACCGAUGCCGUGCCCCAGCAAGUGUGGCAUGCUGCUGUAAUGCCCCUGCAGCAGAAGCAACCGACCGCCGUGCCCCAGCUAGUGCGGCAUCCAGCUCAAAUGCCGCAAAAGCAACUGACCACUGUGCUCCAGCAAGUGUGGCAUCCAGCUCAAAUGCCCCAGAAGCAACCGACUGCCAUGCCCCAGCAAGUGUGGCAUCCUGCUCCAAUGCCCCUGCAGCAGAAGCAACCGACCGCCGUGCCCCUGCAAGUGUGGCAUCCAGCUCAAAUGCCCCUGCAGCAGAAGCAACCGGCCACUGAACCUCAACAGAAGGAACUGACCGCCAUGCCCCAGCAAAUGUGGUAUCGAGCUAAAAUGCUCCAUCAGGAGAAUCAUCUGGCCGCCAGUGGCAUCCAUCUCAAUUUCCCCAGCAGCAGAAGGAACUGGCAGUCGAGCAGCAGAAGGAACUGGCAGUUGAGCAGCAGAAGGAACUGGUCGUCAAACCUCAGCAAUUCCAAAUCGCACUACAAGAAUGGCAGAACUGGAGUCUCCCAAAUCGGCUACACUCCUACGGAGGCAAUGCCUGUUGACAGUGGAAAUGCUCCCAAGGACGGUUAUGUUAGCAUUGGUGCACCAAGCAUAUAUUCAACACUAGUGAAGGAUUCUGCAAGGUAA